AUGGACAGGAAGAAACUAACACCACAAGACUAUACCGUGGGAUGGAUUAGCCCGUUGGAGGUGGAGCAAACGGCAGCCUUGUUAAUGAUAGACGAAGAGCAUGAGCGCCUACCGCAGCCCGCCGCAGAUCCAACGGUGUACCAUCUGGGGAGUAUUGCGGGCCACAAUGUGGUGAUUGCCGGUCUUCCUGCUACAGGGAACACAUCCGCAGCUACCGUGGUAACCCAUAUGAGGCGAAGCUUUCCAAAUCUGAAGUACGGUCUCUUGGUGGGAAUCGGAGGAGGGGUGCCCACAGAAAGUGAUCAAGGAAAGAUACGGCUGGGCGAUGUGAUCGUGAGCAAACCCAGCGGGCCUCAUUCAGGGGCCGUGCAAUAUGACCAUGGCAAAGCAGAAGCAGGUCAAUUUGUACGCACGGGGUUUCUCAUGCCUCCGCCGGCAGCAUUGUUGAAUGCUGCGCAGAUGCUUGCUGCAAAACGUGCAACCCUUAUGACCGAUCCGAUAAAAGCGAAUCUAAAGCGCAUCAACACAACGCGCCCGCAGCUACUGCGCUACAGGUACCCGGGCAUAUGUCAGGAUAUUCUGCAUUCAGCGGACUGUAUACCAGACCUGGCCGCGGCGACAUCAUCGCAAGGUUGUAAUUGCUACCACAGUGAGGCGCUCGUUAUACAAGGAAGUCAUCUUUCUCCGGGCGGGGUUGAUCGCGAUCAAAGCAGAGAAGGCACCUUUAUUUUUAUCCACCGGGGAACCAUAGCAUCGGGCGAAAUGGUUAUAAAGAAUGGCUGUCUCCGUGAUUACCUUGCGCAACAGCAUGAUAUUUACUGUUUUGAGACGGAGGCAGCAGGUGCGAUGACUGAUUUCCCCUGGCUUGUGAUACGAGGCGUAUCGGACUACUGUGACAUGCAUAAAAAUAAUCUAUGGCACGGCUACGCAGCAGCGGUAGCGGCGGCUUAUGCACGAGAGCUCUUUCUUUACAUGCCAAUCAGCAUUAACUUGACACCACUGCUGGCACAUGGGUCCCGUGAAGCCACUGUGCACAAAAUAGCGCAAUGGCUCAGUGACUUAGACUUCCGUGUGAGGCAAAACGAGAUACGCUGUCGCCGCCAGCCGUGUACCGGCGAGUGGCUCUUCGUUUCUACAGAGUUUCAUACAUGGCUGGGCCCGGAUCAAGAUCUGUUGUUCUGUUCGGGAAUGCCUGGAGCAGGAAAAACGUUCCUGGCAAGCCUUGUGAUAGACUACGUGACGAAGGAGUUUUCCGCGCGCGGCGACGUAGCGAUCGUCUACCUAUACUGCGACUAUAAGACUCAGGACAAGCAGAAGGCAAAUUUGUUACUUAGCGACCUGCUAAAGCAAGUACUCCUGCAGAUCAAAGGGCCAAUCCCUGAAAGUAUUGAAGCCCUUUACCUCAGAUGUAUUGACGGUAAACUACGCCCCACGAUUCACGAGCUACUGCGGCAUUCCCUUGAUAUCCUAGGGCUUUUCCAAACCACGUUCUUAAUAGUCGAUGGGCUUGAUGAGCAGGCCGUUGUUGAAAGAAGGGAGUUUAUGCAUCACAUUUUUCAGAUGCAAGGAAGUGCUUCCAUCAAAAUAUUUGCCACCAGCCGGUCAAUUUCCGAGAUUCGUGCAGAGUUCACAGCAAGGCAGUGUUCUGAGAUUGAGAUUCGAGCAAGCGAUCAUGAUGUCGACAUAUAUCUUCAAGCAAACAAGCACAAACUUCCUGGAUGGGCCCAAAGAUCGCCUGGCUUGUUUCAAGAAACUGUUGACCGUAUAACACAUGCCUCAAAGGGGAUGUUUCUGCUAGUCUACCUACUAUUUGAGUCUUUGCUUCAUAAGACAACACUUAAAUCCUACAAACUUGCCCUAGUUAAUCUUCCAGACGGUAUUAAUUCCGCCUACCAACAAAUAGACAAGAGAAUUCAGCAACAGAAUCCCGAGCACAAAGCUCUUGCAUACACUGCACUUGAGUGGAUUACAGGUACCACAAACUCGAUCACCGUUAAGGAGCUUCAAACGGCGCUAUCAGUUCACACCGAUGGAUGUGCUCCGGAUGAUGAAGAUCUCCCGGAUAUCGACACAAUCAUUUCCAAACAUUCGCCUCAGGGCCGUGUUCCGACGACGAUGCGUUUGAACAGCGGUUAG